GGACACCUGUGACCGAUGAACAAACUUGUACAUGGAAUGCUCUAUAAAACACCUACACUCAGGACCUUGGUCUGUGCCUGCCCGGUUGUAGGGCAUUGGUAAUAAACUGCAACAUGUUGAUGAAAGGCCUAUUCCCAGUCGCUUGGUUGCUAUUGGAGCUAUUUCAUGCCAGCGUUCACGCAGCAUGCCAAAACCUCGCAAAACUCGACCAAACUUAUUAUGCUAGCGGUACAGUCAUAAAGUUUCUACACGAUGUGACGGAAGGGGACUGUGAAUUCGGCUGCCUCGUCAACUCCCUGUGUCGCUCAGCCACGUACCACAAGGUAUGGAAAACGUGCUGGCUGAACCCAGAGCUUCGCUCAGAGGGGUCCGGUCCGGAAUGGGUGUCUUUCAGCAAGCCGUACGGAUGCGUAUGCGACAUGGAAGUCAAUUAUGGCCAAUAUAUGUCUGGAGGAACGGACAUACGCGCUUUCUAUGUGAACAGCGGCGAUGAUUGUUCGGUGGAAUGCUCUAAAGAAGAGAAAUGCAUUGCUGCCACCUAUAGAAACAGCGAUAAGAUGUGCUGGCUGCACUCCGCAGUGAAACAGAAAGGACAGGGGGAUGAGUGGACAACCUACGUCAAAGAGGGACACUGCAGAUAUACCAGCAAUGCCGCAAUUGUUGGAUAAAGCACACUGGUGCCAGCGCACACGCGCGCACGCACACACACACACACACACAUGUACUCAAGUCAGCAAGCAAGCACGCACGCAUGCUCACACACGCGCUGGCGCAAUAUAUAUUUGUAGUUGUACAAGUGUGAGGAAAGGAUGACAAACA